GAUCAGAGUUCAGUCGGCUAGCUAGUUUCGUUUCAACUGGUUUUAUGUAGUUAUCAGAGCAGUUCUUGUAGGUGAGAUAAAAACUCGACGUAGUCAUCCAGAAAGUUUUUUUUUUAAAACGACAAGAGAACACUUUAAUGUCGCUGUCGUUAGUUAGCGGCAAAGAGGUCAAGAUUUUGUGGAGGCUUAAUGCUAACGUGCUAUCGAAGCUUCAAAGGCUAGCUAGUUAAAUGUUUAUGCAGGCGGUGGCUGAGUUGUUAGCAUCGCAAGAGCAGAAAACUUGUAAAGCAGUGGGUGUUUGUUUCCGCCCAUGUCGUGCGCCACCGACGCCGUGGAGUGGGUCGAGUCCACCGGGGAGGUUGUCAUCAUAGAAGGCUGCCUGCCCGCUGAUAGCAUUACCACAGCAGUGAUUCCUGCGUCAGAGCCCGUGGAAUCGCCGAUCCAGAAGCUGCUGGUGAAUGGAGACAAUCCAGAGGGCGGCGGAGGCUUUUGUUGUGACGAGUGUCUGAGCCUCUUCCAAGACCAGAACGAUUCGUCGAAGAUUGGUGGCCCGUCCUUUAUUCUCGACUUUCCCACCAGCGUGGGCGUCCCCCAGCGGGCGCUGCUGACUCUACCCUACGGCCUCACGGUGGGCAGGUCCAGUAUCCCCAGCGGGGGCGUCGGGGUCAUCAACCACGGGCCAGCGCUCUCUCCCGGGAUGCACUUCGGACCGUUUGAGGGCGAGGAGACCACCAUGGAGAACGCCGUCGCGAGUGACUUCUCUUGGGAGGUGGGACGCAACGUUUUUGAUAAGUUUUGUACACUCUGUGUGAAUAUUCCUGUCCCCCCACGCCCGCAGAUUUACAAAGGAGAGGAUGUUUAUGAGUACAUCGAUGCUGCUACGGAAUCUCUGUCAAACUGGAUGAGGUACGUCAACUGCGCUCGCAGCAGAGACGAAGCCAACCUGCUGGCGGUCCAGUACAAAGGCAGCAUCCUGUACCACUGCUGCCGCGGCAUCCACGCCGGAGACGAGCUGCUGGUGUGGCCCAGCAACAAGCUCCUCGGCCGUUUCAGCGCCGUGUGGACGCAAAUGUGGCAGGUGAAGCUUAAGACUGCAGAGAGUAUCCCACCCGUGACGUCUCAGGUCUUCUUGUGCGUCCACUGCCAGCUGACCUUCACCACCGAGGCCUUCCUCCAGCGCCACGCCCACUGCUUCUGCCACACAGAAGCAGUCGCGGUUGAAAAUCCCAGCUCGGGCACGGAGCUCAGCAUCUCCGCCUCAUCCCUGUUGCUGUUACCCGCCGACCCGGUCAAGUCCAGAAGCUGCUCCACUUGCGGUAAGACCUUCAAGCAGGCGUCACACCUAGAAAGACACGAGCGGUGCGUGCACGCCAACAAGCGACCCUACUGCUGCACUCUGUGCCGGCGAAGCUUCACCCAGGCGUCUGGUCUGACCCGACACCAGCUGGUCCACAAGAAGCGCGAUGAGUUGAGAGCGGGGAAUGUGUUUGAAAAGCAGCAGGAUGGCUGCGCUUCCACACUGGACACAUCUAACACAUCGGCGGGUGAGCUGAGUGACGCAAAGGAGGUAAGUGAGGAUGCCAAGGAAGCUCCAGCAGUUGAAGGGGAGCACACAGAACCACAAGAGGAAGUGGAGCAUCAGCCCAGCAGUUGUACCGAGUGCGGAAAGAGCUUCCAGACGGAAGCCUCCCUCAAGAAGCACAAGCUGCUGGUGCACAAGCCUCGUCCGCAUGUGUGCAGGGUGUGCCAGCGGGUCUUCAGCAAGUACUGCGACCUACACCGCCACCUGCAGCACCACCGGAGGCAACGGAAAUGCGGCCGGAGACCACGACGGCUUCCGGGGGCGACUCCCAACAUGCCCUUCAGCUGCGCCAUGUGCUCGCUGACCUUCUCCAGCGUGGACCUCCUGCAGAAGCACAUUGGCGGCAGUCACUUGGAGGAGAGACGAGACAUCGAGAACGAUCCCGAUUUUGUCCCUCAGUCCUCGGUGGCGAUCGAGGGCGUCGAAAAGUGUCAGAGGCCCCGCCGGCAUGGCUCCGCCUCCAAAAUAUCUGCCAUAACUCAGCUUAUCGCUCCAAAGAGAAAAGCGCGCAAGAAGACCAUGCAGGAAGACGUUGAGGCAGAGAAGCUGACAAAGUGGUUCAGUUGUAAUUGCUGCAAACAAACCUACGCCGAUCCGGACGACCUGCGGGCACACACUUGCGCCGAGAGGCCCCACGGCUGCCCCCACUGUGGGCUGACCUUCCGCAAGUUGGGCUUCCUGAGGAGACACGAGCAGGCCGUCCACAGGAGCACCGUGGCCCACCGAUGCGAGCUCUGCGACAAGGUCUUCACUGCGGCCGCCACCCUGGAGAAGCACCAGCGGACUCACGUUUGCAGGAAGUACCACUGCUCCUCCAAGCUCUUCUCCUGCUCCCACUGCCCCUUCUCCUUCACCGCCAAGAGCUACCUGGCCAAGCACAUCAGGAGGCACCACCCCAUGGAGUACCUGGCCCUCCCCAAGUCCGACAACCUGACGGAGCAGCUGGAGGACAGCCAGGACGUGAAGGAGCUGACGUGCCCGCACUGCGCAAAGUGCUACGUCAGCGCCGGGGCCUUCAAAAACCAUGCGUGCUUCCAGCAGGUCAAGGUGCUCUACUUGUGCAACGACUGUGGGAAGGGCUUCGCCAACCACUACCGGCUCAAGCAGCACCAGCGCACGCACACGGGCGAGCGGCCUUACGCCUGCCCGCACUGCGACAAGAGCUUCGCCACCUCGGGCCAGCUCACCGUGCACCUGCGUACGCACACGGGCGAGCGGCCGUACCUGUGCACCAACUGCGGCGAGCGCUUCCGCCAGUCGGGCGACCUGAAGCGGCAUGAGAGGAAGCACACGGGCGUGAAGCUGCACACCUGUGACGAGUGCUGCAAGAGCUUCAGCCGCCCGCAGAGCCUCAAAGUUCACAAGAUGCUGCACAAGGGACAGCGCAUGUUCUCCUGCAGCCAGUGCGGGAAGAGCUUCUCCAGGAACUACCACCUCAGGAGGCACCACCAGAAGAUGCACUCGGAGGCACUCAAUAAUUUAACUUAAGAAGAGGGUUUUUUCUUUUUCUUUUUCUUUUUUACAUUUCAGUUGAGACUUUAACGGUGCUGGCACUCCUUGGCUCUGUGCACGUACACAAAGGCAGUCUGACAAUUUGAAGUCGUCAUAGCUGCCAAAUCGCUAUCACUAGCUGACACCAAACAUAACGAAUGUGCGUGCAGACAGCACCUUUAAGUCCACGUGAUUGCGUCAUAAAUACAACAUGUCAAUAAAAAGAAGCAGAUCGCCAUCACUGUUGACCAUUUAAUCCACAAAACAUACAAUGCAAAGCAUGUGCACUGUACAAGCCUUAUUGUUAUCAUCAUUAUUAUUAUCACAACCAUGCCUGUUUUUUUUUUUCAAUUAACUCAUCUUUUAGUCACCCAGAUAUAUUACUUUUUUUUUUUUUUUAAUCUGACAGUAUAACGUUCUUGUCCUUAGCUCACGUAUGAAGUUGAAAUAGAAGAAGCUGAUCUCGGCUGUGCGUUCGAUUCAGGCAGUGUGUUUUGUGUUUUUCUUCCCCCCUGUUGCACCGUGCAGCAGCUGCUGGUUCCAGACUUGUAAAACGUCCCCUGCUGGUACUGGCCCGGUCCAGUCCUGUCCCUCUAUAGUCAGUAGUCCCUAAGAGUCUCAGAAUGACUUUUUAAUAAGGAGUCUAUGUGUAAAAAAUAAGAAUAAUACACAAAAACACUUCUGAAAGGUAGGCAGCAGGUGGUUGCCGUGGUUACGCGAAGGUCAUCGCUCCCAGCCAAGCACCUCAGUGUUUACAUCUCACAUGAAAUAUACAACAACCCCUCCAUUUAAUCCAAUGAGACGUUAGGCUCCGUUAAAUGUUAUAUUAAAACUCUUUUACAAACCAGAUUGGUUGUGAAACCACACUUAAUCACAUCUGUACAAGCUGAAAAAAGGUCACAAAACUAGAAAGAGAUCCAAGUAGGGAUGUUUUUUUGUUUGGUUUUUUUUUGGCAAUUUAAAACGCAAAAGCCCAAUGUGUCACAAAAAAAUAAUCACAAAUUGGGGGUUGGAAUACUCUGCAGGUUGUAAAAGUUCAGCGUUCCCUCACCUUUCGGUAAGAAAAACUGAAAAGUGACGGGUUAAAACACGGCGGCGGUACACGUAGAGGAUGCUGCGAGAUACCCUGCUGCUCCUUGUGCUCUCCUCUCUUCCUCCUGUGAGCUCCUCCGCCGCCUCCUCACAGAUGUGUGACGGACUGAAGGCUCUUAUAAAGGUUCCGAUUUCAGCUCUUCUACCUGGCACUCCAGGUCAGCCACCUGCAGGAGAGCAGGAGGAACAUCAGCCUUGCAUUAUAUCCACAUGUUCAAGAUGUUUUAAAAACACACACACAUUAUCUGUAUAUGUGUGUGUGUUUAUGUAUAUACACACAGUCAUGGAAAAAAUGAUUAGAGCACCCUUGUUUCUUCAGUUUUUUGUUCAUUUUAAUGCCUGAUACAACUAAAGGUGCCUUUGUUUAGACAAAUAUAACAAUGGCAACAAAAAUAGCUAAUAUGAGUUCCAUUUUUUGCCAGUACAAUGCUAUAGCUCUUCAUGUAAGAGCUAAAGUGAUUUUGGUUCUUAUCAAGAAAGGCGUGGAAGUUGCUAGAUAUCAGAUAAAAAGCUUUAGUUUGGUGUUGGCAUUUGGAGGGGGGCCACUUGGCAGGGUGUGGUGAGUUUUCGAGGCCGGCGAUGUAGCCAAAACGCAGGACACUCGCCCAUGUGUGUGUGGCAGUCGGAGGUCUAAGGCGGAUAGCCCGAAAAGUGGUUGGAUUUGUUGGACUGGAGGAAACCGGGUUUGCCUGGGGGGGUCCUGCUGGAGCGCCAUCAAGCUGCUCUCGCAUCCAAAUUGUCCUUAAACCUUAAUGCUUGCUUUAAAGUCCCUCACACCAAAGUUGAAUAGACACUGUUGGGCCACGCCCAUACGAGUAUAAUACUGUAAGUAAGUAUUAUGCUUAAAUCUCUAGAGCAACUUCAGAUAUGUCCGUUGAUAUUAAGUUUUUAUUAUUUAUUUUUUUCAGCCUUUCUGUCAAAAAAAACCAAACAAUUUUUUAAGUUGCUAAAUCACAAAAUACACAGUAUUUUCCAAAUAUAAGUUUCAAAGUAGAAUAUUUGAUAUGAAGUCAUAAGAGCCUUGCAUAGGUCAAUAAUCCAUAACAACUGUAAUUUUGAUGCAUUAUUAUUUAUGGAGCGAUGACAGUUUUUGACAAAAAAUCAAGCCAAAGUUGAAUAAACACUUUUGGGGCCCGCCCAUAAGUAAGUCAUAUAUUCAUUUUUUUCAUUUCAACGCUUAAAUCCUUAGAUCAGCUUCAGAUGUGCCCGUUGAUAUUAAGUUUUCAGUCAUCAGACUCCAGGAUAGCCUUGAGCGCUUCUAAUGUGGAAUAUCGCCUCUUCGCGUUGUAGUCGUCUGAUUGCAUACAAACGCGUACAUUUGACGUCAUGUUUAUGCGACAAAGACGGUGCUAAUGGUAAUAACACUGAUCUAUAAAAAAGACUGGAUCGAGCUUCUAUUGUUUUAUUUUUGAAGCCAAUGGAAAUUUGCGGCGGCCAUCUUGGUGAGACCACUUUGCUGCGAGACAACAGUAUGGCAACGCAUUGGUAAAACUUCGAUUGAUCGUAUAGCCACCAAAAUCAACUGCUAAAGGUUAUAACUACUCAGAUUUAUACGCUUUUGUGUCAUUUAUCAAGCUAGUAAGAUGUAUUUUAGCUUCGAGACGGACAAAAAAUUGGCUGUGUGGCAGCCUGCAAACAUUGUUUACGUACGGAAUUUAAAGUCUAUCUUUGUCUAAUUAUUUUCCUACUGUAAACCAUUAUUUUUUUUUUAUCUCAGGAUAAGGUUAAGGCAGGAAGAAAGCAGAAAUUUUGUCACAUGUCUUCUACCUUUGCGUGAAUCAUGUGUGGUAUCAGAAUUAAUGUAACUUGGUAGUUGUAGCUUUUAAAAAAGCUGUUUUUUGGUACAAAAAGACAUUAGAUAAGUGCAAAUACUCAAAGCCUACUGUAAAAAACUGCAUAGAAAUAAUUUUAUCAUUGAUUGCUAGGCUAGGCACCAAAAAAAGGCCUAGUUGUUACAGGAAGGUGUAACUAGAAAAGUCUUGCAAAACCACCCAUCAAAGUUCAUACUUUAACUUUUGGUUACAUUUCGAGAACUUUUCAAAGCAAAGCCGUUCAAGUAGUGGCACAUAUAUCAGGUCAAAAAAAGGUGCCAAGUAAAAGUACUUACGAGUGGAAGGUUCUUGGGAAGUGCUUUUUAAGUUGUGUUUCCUCAUCCUCGCUUCCUUCACUGGCACUCCUGAUGUUUUUGAUGAUUUUUCACUAAUUCUGCGUUCGUAUACCAGCACAAUCACAAAGCUGUGGCGCGUAAGGUGGUCUCACCAAGAUGGCGGCGAUCGAAAAAAUCUGGCUUCAAAUUUUGUCGCGUGAAAACAAUAGGUUGCUCGAUCCAGUCUUUUUUUUAGAUCAGUGGGUAAUAAUAACAUGCAUAUGACGAGCUGAAAUGCAUUUCAUAAAUGCUGACAGGCAUUUUGCAAAAACAUGUAAGAUUUAGUGAAAUUCAGUGCUUUUAUUGUGCAGACCUUGCACAAAAAUGUGCAUAAUUUAUCUGCACGUCUCAACAGAUGAUGCGCGCGCCCGUGCAAGCACGAACACACAGAUACACGACCACACUUUUCGCCUGUAUGAAUCUAAGCUCCCGAAGAUCAUUGUAAUAGCAAAAAAAAAAAAAAUCCCGGAAAAAUUGUUUUUCUCCCGUAUGUGUAUGUCAAUGGAGAGCUCCAUGUUUUUGGUCCCAAAGCAACUAUUGGUCGCUGGCUCCAUCUAGUGGUGAAAAAAAUGCUCCAACCAUCAUUUCACCAAAAGCCCGACUCCCGAGCAUGGGAUGUACCUGUUAUUUACGGAUUUUUUUUUUUUAUAUCAGGAUUACUGAACGUCAAAAAUAGGUGUUCAUAAUGGGAGUAUAUUGGCCGAAAGGGGGCACUAUUUACACUUAUUGUGCGUGUAUUUCGGACUCCAAACGGGACCCGUAGAACCCCGGGGAAAACGUCAUAUGGGCGUAUGAGGUCUUGGAAGCUCACUGGCUUAGUUUCAUCCCGCUAGCAUUUAAAUUUAGCAAUCUGUGCACAAAAUUGCACAACAAAGUACACUUUUUAAUCCUUUCAUUACACUUUUGGGUACGAAGGAGUCAGAAGGGUUAAAGAAGCCGCCUGAUCCUCUAAGCUUCACCAGUGAUUUUGAAAAACUAAGGAGGAGGAAGGAGGAAAAAGCUACAUUUUGAAGUGUUAAGACGGUCUGUCUCUUUUCCAUUGAUAAUUGUCUUUUUUCUUGCAGUUUUUGUAGGGACAAAUGACUUUCUCCAGUACAAUGCUGUUCCACUGAUGUUGACGAGGGUCUAGUACUGCAGUGUGUUCCCAACAUGGUUUUUAUGCAGACAGAGGAGGUAGUAAGUACUCCAGAACUUGGAAGACCUGUAGGAAUGAGUUGCACCAAUGGCCAAGGCUCGAUCAACCUCCGUUUCUGCAGAAAAGCUUUAAAUUGUUGACCCAUUUUGGUCGUACCUCGCCUCUCGCCCUAAGUUAGCUGGGAUAGGCUCCAGCAUACCCGCGAGCCUAAUUAGGAUAAGCGGCAUAGAAAACGGACGGAUGGAUGUUUGUUAUUUUCCAAUUAUUUAAACUUUGGAAGAUUCUUUAUUGUCACAGAGAACGGAGAUACCGUUCCUCGCACUCUGCUUGGAGAUAAUAAAGAAUAAAAAGCAUUAAAGCAUUAAAAACAUUAAACAGACUCCUAACAUUAUAACUUUUUCCGCAACCUAAUUUUUCAAAAAGACAACUUUCUUCAUUAUUUUUGUUUUCCUAAUUUUACGACUCCUUUAACAUUUCAACUUUGUGCUUCUAAAAUGAUGUUUUUUUCCUCCCUCAUAAUAUUAUGUUAUUCUCGUAAAAAAAAAAAAAAAUCUCUUAAUAUUUUGACUUUAUUCUUGUAGAAUUACUGCUGAUUUUUGUCAUUUUUGCUGUUUUGGUUUGUUUUGUUGUUAAAUUGUAUUUUUAGAAUGUGCUGCGGGCCAAUAAAAAAAACAGUGGUGGGACACAUUUUGGUCACUGCUGAGUUAGGUUAUUAAAAUACUAUUAACACAUGAUAUAAUAUGUCAUAAUAAUAAUAUUUGAGUGACAUUUAACAAAAACAAUCCUAAAAAAGUAGAUCUGGUAUUUACAGUAAAAAAAAAAAAUCCACUCCAGUCCUGCAGGUGGCAGGAAAGCACAUUACAACAUGGAUGCCAACAGCAGCGCCAUCUGAUGGGUCACUGCGUGUACAUCAAUCCUACACCUUUAUCCAGAUCUGCCCCAUGUGUAACCAAGCUAACAAGAACAUGUGAGGGUUUUUUUUGUUGGUGGUCAAGUCCCAACUGACCUGUUCCUGCAGUUGACCCGACUCCUCCUUGAGGAGCGACGCCUCGGCUCCAACUUGUGCACAUCGUUGCGUCUCCUUCUUCAGGUACUCGAUCUCCCUGGAGAAGAAAGGACAACAGAAAGGUGGCGUUCAGCUACACGAUCCAUGGUGGGAGCACAUCUUGCGCAAGGGGGCGCAUUCUUUGCAAAUGUGCAAAAUUCAGGGGAAAGGAUGCAGGCCCUCAUGGGCGGCCCUGGUUGUUCACGUGUCUUCUUACUUCUGCUGGUAGUCCUUGAUGAGCCGCUUGGCUUUGCUGUACUUGCGCUCCAGCGCCUGGUACUGAGCCUGGGUCUCCUUCAGGUGCUCGUCCACGGCCUGGCAUAGACUCUGAGCCUCCAUCCAGUAGCCCUCCAGCUUCUCCAUGCGCUCCUUGUUCUCCUGCAGGGUCUGCUCCAGCUGGGCCUUGUCCGCGCGCCAGCGCUGCUUGUCCUGCUCAGCGUGGUGCAGCUGCAAGGAGAGCGCGAGCGUUUCUUACAAACGACACCGGAGAGAAGCGAGGCUUUCCGGCGAGCGUACCUUCCUCUUCAGCUGCUGGAUCUCGGCCUGCGUCACGGCGUGUUUGAUUUGGAGCUAGAUGGGAAGACCACGUGAGCAGGUGAGGAUUUGCUGCAAGUUUAAAAGAAGGUGACUCCGCCCACCUCUUUGUACUUAUGCGCCAGUUUCUCGGGGUCCGUCUCCAGGGGCGACAGGUCCUCGUUCUCCGCCAGGUCGAACACCUCGAUGGCGCCGGUGUACUGCGGGCUGACGUCUUCGUCCUCAUCCUCCUCCUCGUCUGUACCGUACUCGCCGCCCUGCUGAGGCGACAACGGAAGGUAGGGUUCGCUUUCAUAUAUUAACAAAAUAUUAAAAGAACUCUCUGUAUGAUGCAGCGUACAAGCGUAUUAAUACACUCCAUCCAAGCACUGUACUGUGUAGUGACAGGCAGGACUAUUCACUGCUCCUUCACUAGCACAGGGCAACCUUU